AUGCAUCGACGGUCUAAGCAAAAGUCUUGCUUUGCAUGCGUUGCAUCUAAGCGAGGCUGUGACAAAGAGCUGCCUAUAUGCUCGCGCUGUGAGGAGAAGGAAAUCGCCUGCGAGUAUCCUGCUGUACGCCAUCGGCGGGGGAAGCAGCUACCGAAAUCGAGCCAAGCUAGCGUUGCCAACGAUGGCCCUCGGGCUGAUGAACAUAGCAUUACUGCGAAUCAACUUGCAACAACUGACGAGCGUGGGGACAUUCAUUUUCUUGGUAUGGAUGGUAAUAACUCGACUACGCAACUCCACAAUCCACAAAGCUGUUCAACGUUUACGGGCACAAAUCUACCGUCUCAUGCUUCAUUCUUGCCCGUCUUUCCUUCACAAAAUGGCUUGGAUACCGAUCCGUCUUCUGCCAACCGGCUUUUACCUCCAUAUGACGGGCUGAAGUUUUUCCUACUUCCUUCGGCUUGGACAAUCGCCUAUCAUUAUGAACCGCCAGCUGCCUAUCCUCCUGGCGAGGUGCUGUUGAAUUUCACUCGGGGUAUACAGUCAUGGCUUAAACGUUUCCUUCGCCAAGGUCAUAACCCUUUUAUUCAUCGCCACCUCUAUUCUAAUACAACCAUGCCACUGUGUAUGCAAGAUGCAUUUGCUUCCAUCUCAAUUCAUCAGAAUGCGAUUGCAAGCAACGAGCACAUCAUUGACGACAUUUUUGCCUCUCAGGUUGGUGACCUCGUCACGAAACAGCCAAUUGAAGGUUCAGAGGCGUUUACACUACUAUCAACGAGGGAUCAUAUAGCACGCACACAAGCUUUGCUAAUUCAGCUUCUAUUAGCUCUCUUCUCAUCUUCAAUCCCUCGCCGAGCUAAAGCUGAGUGCUUAAUUGCAACGUUGCAUCAUUGGACGAAUCAAUUGUGGCAAUCAGCAAGCCAGGAUGCAAAUUUCCAUACUGUCGUUCAAUCCAUACCCUCAGUAGAUGAUGUCGGAUCUGGUUCAAUAGAGGAUCCAGUGCCCGGCUUGUACCAAAGUUUUGUGCUAUACGAGUCUGCCCGUCGCACCUGGAUACUAAGUAACUUUGCCACUGGCGUUUACCAAAGUCUCAGGGGUGAUUGGGGGACCACCUGCACUGGAGAUAUAUGUAUAACUGCACGAGCCGAAUUGUGGGAUGCGUCUUCGCCAGCGCGCUGGGCUGCUAUUGCACAAUCCAAAGACCCUUUGUUUAUCUACAGUCUACACGGUCAGUCUUUACUCAAAGACAGUGUUGCUGCAGAGGAAGUGGAUGAGUUUAUGAGACAUCUUUAUACAAUCAUGUGGGGCAUUGACAAGGUUGAAGACUGGAUUGUGCGAAGCGGAGAUGCAGUAUCGACAAUGUAUUAG